AGCAGCAUGGCAGACUCUUUGGGCAGGCUGUGCUACGUCCCUGCAAAGACUUCUCCUCAAAGGGUCAGAGAGCGCGGAAAGUGGGCCAGCAAGACGGAGUUCAUCCUGUCAGUGGCAGGUGCCAUCAUUGGACUUGGCAACAUUUGGAGGUUUCCAUAUUUGUGCUACAAGAACGGCGGUGGAGCGUUCCUCAUUCCUUACAUCCUGUUCCUUGGAACCUGCGGUAUUCCUUUAUUUAUUCUGGAGACAGCUCUGGGCCAGUACACCAGUCAAGGGGGAAUCAUGUGCUGGAGGAAGAUCUGCCCCUUGUUCGAAGGCAUCGGAUACGCCAGUCAGCUGAUCAUUUUCUAUGGAUGUAUCAGCUACAUUGUCAUUUUAGCCUGGGCCUUUCUCUACUUUUUCUCUUCUUUCUCUGGAGAGUUGCCAUGGGCAACUUGUGAUAACACAUGGAACACAGACGCUUGCGUGGUAUUGAGCAACUAUACCUCCAACUGGACGUCCUCUAUGAACAUAUCGUCGUCUGUUGUAGAGUUUUGGCGACGACGGGUGCUAAAUAUAUCCCCUGGCAUCGAGGUUUUAGGAAACAUCCAAUGGGAGCUGUCUCUGUGCCUUCUCCUUGCUUGGAUCAUCUGCUACUUUUGCAUCUGGAAGGGAGUGCGAUCCACCGGGAAGGCCACUUACGUCACAGCGACUUUCCCCUUCGCCAUGUUGGUGGUGUUGUUUAUCAGAGGAAUGACGCUUCCUGGAGCCAUGCUUGGCAUCAAGUACUACCUGUACCCCAAUCCUGCACGCCUGGCUGACCCGCAGGUGUGGAUGGAUGCUGGUACCCAAAUAUUCUACUCCUAUGCUUUAUGUUUGGGAUGUCUGACAACGCUUGGGAGCUACAAUAAGUACAACAACAACUGCUACAGGGACUCCUACUUGCUUUGCUUGCUCAACAGUGGGACCAGCUUCUUAGGUGGAUUUGCCAUUUUCUCUGUUUUGGGAUACAUGUCCCAAAAACAGGGUGUGGACAUCGCCUCAGUAGCCGAGUCUGGUCCAGGUCUUGUCUUCAUCGUUUACCCCCAAGCUGUAAGCCUCCUGCCAUGGCCCCAGUUCUGGUCUGUGUGCUUCUUCACCAUGAUCAUCAUGUUGGGAAUCGAUGGCCAGUUUGCUGGCCUUGAAAGCAUCAUGACCUCCUUGACGGAUAUCUACCCAUCCCAUAUCCAAAGAGGAUACCGCAGAGAGUUUAUUUUAUUGCUCAUCUGUGUCUUUUGUUAUCUGUUUGGCCUCUUCUUGGUGUCGCAGGCUGGCUCAUACAUUCUGCAGAUUUUUGACCAUUAUGUCUGCAGUGGUCCCGCACUUCUUUUGAUGGCAAUCUUCCAGUCAGUGGUUAUUGGAUGGAUUUAUGGUGCUGAACGCUUCACUGACAACAUCGAGGACAUGAUAGGCUACAAACCUCUACCUCUGAUCAAGUACAGCUGGCUCUAUGCUACCCCUCUCAUAUGCAGUGGUACGCUUGUGUUCGUGCUGCUGAAAUACACCCCACUCAUGUUCAACAACUCCUACGUGUACCCGUGGUGGGCCUAUUGGAUCGGUUGGUUUCUGGCCUUGUCUUCACUCUGUUUGAUUCCAAUCACCAUGAUCUGCAAACUAGCCAAUGGAAAGGGUACUAUCUGGCAGCGCAUCAAGACCAGCUGCCAGUGUGCGGACGACCUGCCCAUGAUGGCGAAAGAGAUGGCAAACCUUCGCAUCGCACUGAAUGUUCACGAUGAUGGCAAAAACAGUAAUAUUCGAUAAAGUAGCAAUCAUUAUUUAAUGUCAUUUUCAAAACAUAGUUUAUGUACGUUUGAUAGAUGAUACUUUAUGCUAGUAUCACAUUAACUAAUAUACAGUAUAUGAGUAUCUGCUAGCAAUUUCUAUGCAGUUUUUUUUUAUAUCGUUGACCCACAAGUCAGAAAGUCAUGGCAAAGUGAAACUAUGAGAUAUAACUUUUUAUACUAUGCAUUAGGGGUGUACCCAUGCAACUUGUUUACUUUAGAUACAACACCGAUAUUGCAGCAUUGACUAUUGGACGAUACCGAUAUCAAGCUGAUAUGAUAUCAACACAAUUAAUACAUUCUUUUUACUUAUUUUGUAGUUUAGAACGUUAGAAAGUAUUGUUUUGAUCACGUGCUCUGCAUUCUGGAUAGAAUACUUGAGCGGCGUCUGGAAUGGACUCUAUACCGUUUAGAUGUUAUAUGUUCUUUUUUUACACUUUUGAGUCUCAUUUGCAAGUAUGCAUUCAUUUUGGUUUCUCCUAGGUGUGUUGGCGGAGCCAGGAAGUAGUCCUUGCCAUUAAGUUGAAUGUGCCAGUCCUGUAUUUUGUUGAGCCCGACAAAGUGUUUAUACCCUAAGUAUUUUACUUACCGUAUUACUUUGUUGAUUGUAACCUACAUCUUAGAUGUGGUUUGGAUUGACAAGUUUUGAGGUGUGGAAAAUCGCUAAGUAAAAUCAAUAUUGCCAAUUAUUAGCAUGUAUAUGGCAUAUACAAUGUAAAUUAGCAUCGAGCUACCCCAUUUGUUUUAAUUUAUUUAUUUUAUGUUGGAAUAUUGCAGAGAAGUUAUUUUGAAUCUCAUAUAAAUUAUAUAGGCAUACUUUAAUUCUGUACGUUCAAGUCAUCAGUAUUUUGAAGUAAAAAGUCUAACUCUAAGCUAGCCAGAAAAGAUGUCCGUGGGAGCAAAAUAGACUGCUUGUAUCGGACAUUUUAAAUGCAGGUCGAUUGAUUCCGAUACCUGUUUUUUGCUGAUACAAGAACGAUAUCAGUUUCGGAUCAGGACACCCCAACAAUGCGUGGUAAUAUAACUGUAUCGCUUAUUUCACCAUCUACUUUUUUCCUAACGCAUACUUUGUAUUCCAUCUGUAUUUCAUUACUUUGCCACAUUAUUUGCUCAAAAUUGCCCCGCCAUCUCAGAAUAUGCUGUUACCUCAAACAUUGGCUACUCAACUGCAGAGAGCACCUGGCAUCUAUUAGGGGUAGUUCUUUCUUUGUACAAGUGCCUUAUUUUUAUAAUAAUGUACAAUCAUAGUUGUCAUUGUUUUUUCCACAAAUAGUGAUACUUCUUAAAAUUUACUUUGAAGUAAAUUAUGCAUUAUAAUAAUACAUUCAAUAUAAUAUAUAUCGUAUUGAUACUAAUAUAAGAUGACACUGAAUAUGAGAUGACCUGUCUUUUUUGAGACUAAAAAACAUUUUUAAGAUUUUGUUUUGUAGCAAUAAUGUUGGCCCUGCGAUGAGGUGGCGACUUGUCCAGGGUGUACUUGGUGUACUUAAAAGACUUUUUUAAGUCUUUUAAAGGGGAACAUUAUCACCAGACCUAUGUAAGCGUCAAUAUAUACCUUGAUGUUGCAGGAAAAAAAACAUAUAUAUUUUUAACCGAUUUCCGAACUCUAAAUGGGUGAAUUUUGGCGAAUUAAACGCCUUUCUAAUAUUCGCUCUCGGAGCGAUGACGUCACAACGUGACAUCGGGAAGCAAUCCGCCAUUUUCUCAAACACCGAGUCAAAUCAGCUCUGUUAUUUUCCGUUUUUUCGACUGUUUUCCGUACCUUGGAGACAUCAUGCCUCGUCGGUGUGUUGUCGGAGGGUGUAACAACACGAACAGGGACGGAUUCAAGUUGCACCAGUGGCCCAAAGAUGCGAAAGUGGCAAGAAAUUGGACGUUUGUUCCGCACACUUUACGAAGAAAGCUAUGCUACGACAGAGAUGGCAAGAAUGUGUGGAUAUCCUGCGACACUCAAAGCAGAUGCAUU